AUGAGUGAGAAAGUGAAGAGGGGAAAUGUGACAGACAAUCGGGGGGAUACCGGGGAGGAGAUUAUUCUAAUGACCAUGGUGAAUAAUGGGGAGGAUUUGGGACCUACGGUCAGGCUCUCCUUCGAGACAGGAAAGCCCGAAUCUCUUUUGCAGCAGCUUAAGAAUGUAGUAAGAAAGAAGUUGAAAUCGAGGAUCUUUGCAAACUUCAUUACGAGGAUUUUAUUCUUGCAGUUUGAUGAGCUAAGUGGAUAUACCGCUGCUGCUUGUCAGAGAGAUGAGGACGUGCUCCCUCGUCAAAUGAAAGCAGAGGAACAGAGUUGUUUGGGAGUAGGAAAUUUCACUUACACCUUAAAUGUUGAAGAAAUUGAUGAAAAAUCUGGUUUAAAAUUUAAUCUCACGCCUCUGUAUCGAGCACAUCACAUUCACACAUGUAUUGGGAUCCAGGAAAAGUUUCAUGAUUAUUACUACAAAAAUCGGUUUCUUCAGCUGACUUCAGACUUACAAAUAUCCUCAGUCCAGUCAUUCCUUGAAUCCCAUCAGACCUUUUUGGCUCGUAUUGCAGGUUAUAUUAUUGUUGAAGAUCGGAUUUUAAGAACCACUAGUGGACUACUUUCACCGAAUCAACUUGAGACAAUGUGGGAAACAGCCAUGGCUAAAGUAGUUGCAGUACUGGAGGAACAAUUUUCCCAUAUGAAUAUAGCGAGCCAUCUCCUCCUGGUGAAGGAUUAUGUAGCUCUCUUUGGAGCAACUCUCAGACAAUAUAGUUAUGAAGACGGCUCAAUUCUUGGUACUUCGAACAGUAGUCAUGAGUACCUGGACAAGCUCUUGAUUGACGUCUUGAAUGACGUUGCAAUUAACACGAUUUAUAGCGGUACCAUUGGUGCAUCUCAGGCAAUGCAGAUUGCUGCAAACAUAUCUGUAUUAGAAAGAGCUUGUGAUUAUUUUCGUCAGCAUGCAGCCCAACGAUGUGGAAUUCCUGUCCGAUCAGACAAUAGGCCUCAACAUGCAAAUGAGUAUGUAAAUGAGGUUAUUAUAUAUCUCGACACUGUUCUGGCAACUGCUCAACAAAUCUUACCAUUGGACGCUUUAUAUAAAGUUGGGAGUGGUGCUCCUGAUCAUAUUUCUAAUUCUAUUGUGGAAGCUUUUCUCAGUGACAGUAUAAAAAGGUUUAAUGCAAAUGCAGUCAUGAGCAUCAACCAUGAUCUAAAGGCAUUGGAGUCAUUUGCAGACUAUAGGUUUCAGGGUACUGGAUUGCUUGGAAUAUACAAGGACGGUACUUUUCGAGGUUGCUUUAUAGAAGCCAGACAAUUGAUAAACCUUCUCUCGAGCAGCCAACCUAAAAAUGUUAUGAAUCCUGUAAUAAAACAGAGGAACUACAAUGCUUUGGACUACAAAAAGGUGGGUACUACUACUAUAUGUGAGAAAUUCAAGGAUUCGCCGGAUGGACUUUUUGGUAGCCUUUCAAAUAGAAACUCAAAGCAAAGUACCCAAAAGAAGUCCAUGGACACACUAAAGAAACGACUGAGGGAUUUCAACUGA